AAAACAACAAAUCUAAAGCCAUAACCUCCUGGAAAUGAGCUCGCGGAGAGAGGGAGAGAAAAGACAUGUGCAACAAAGACAAGGGGGUGGAGAAAGACUUGUGAGAAAUUCUCCAGCUCUCUGUCUGUAACGAGAAGUGGUGAGUGUUUGACAGUUCUCCUCCAGCGCUUGGUGCGAACUGGAGUCGGAGAAGUGCGUGUGUUUCUCCCCGCGAGCGCAAGCCGAGGCGAGACCCCGCGACUCAGCAGAAGCAGCAAACGCUGAUUACAGGGGCGCGCGCGGGUCGCGGAAGGAAGGAUGGAAGCCAACUCCAAGAAGCACCGCUUCCGGAAGGGUCGGAGUGCCACCUUCAGCAUCGACGGCUUCAACAUCACCAUAGUGGCAAAUGAGGACGCAGAGAGCUCCCACAGACCACAGGCCAGCUUUGCACGCUCCAAGUCCCAGAGCGCUCUGUGGAACGCCAUCACUGCAGGGAUGGGGAUCAAAGGCAAAGAGCAGAAGGUCCCUCUGAGUGACCCACGGACUCCUGAAGAGAUCCUGGCUGAUGAGUUUCCUGCAGCAGACGAACCAGAUGCCACGGAGAAAACGGCCAUCAGGCGAAAGUACAAGAAGACGUCCCAGAGAUUACGGUGUCUGGUGAAACAGCUGGAGAGGGGAGAGGCUUCGCUCACAGACCUCAAGAAGAACCUGGAAUAUGCAGCGUCGGUGCUGGAAUCCGUUUACAUCGAGGAGACGAGACGCCUGGUGGACACGGAGGAUGAGCUCAGCGACAUCCAGUCGGAGUCGGUGCCCUCGGAGGUGCGCGACUGGCUGGCCUCCACCUUCACCAGACAGAUGGGCCUGAUGCUGCGGCGGAACGAGGAGAAGCCGCGCUUCCGCAGCAUCGUCCACGCCGUGCAGGCCGGGAUCUUCGUGGAGAGGAUGUACCGCCGCACCUCCAACAUGGUGGGCCUCAGCUAUCCGCCGUCUGUCAUAUCAGUGCUCAAGAAUGUUGACAAGUGGUCGUUUGACGUGUUCGCUCUGAACGAGGCCAGCGGCGAUCACGCACUUAAAUUCAUAUUCUACGAGCUGCUCACCAGAUACGACCUCAUCAGUCGCUUCAAGAUCCCAAUCUCUGCAGUGGUGUCGUUUGUGGAGGCGCUGGAGGUGGGCUACAGCAAGCACAAAAACCCCUACCACAACCUGAUCCACGCCGCCGACGUCACGCAGACGGUGCACUACCUGCUGCUGAAGACCGGCAUGGUGCAUUGGUUGACUGAGCUGGAGAUCUUUGCCAUGAUCUUCGCGGCGGCGGUGCACGACUACGAGCACACAGGGACCACCAACAACUUCCACAUCCAGACGAGGUCCGACACAGCCAUCCUGUACAACGACCGCUCGGUGCUGGAGAGCCACCACGUCAGCGCAGCCUACCGCCUGCUGCAGGACGACGACGAGAUGAACAUCCUCUACAACCUGUCCAAGGACGACUGGAGAGAGCUGCGAGCCCUGGUGGUGGAGAUGGUGCUGGCCACAGACAUGUCCUGUCACUUCCAGCAGGUGAAGGCCAUGAAGAACUUCCUGCAGCAGCCUGAGGGCAUCGACAAGCCCAAAGCGCUGUCGCUACUGCUGCACACAGCAGACAUCAGCCACCCGGCCAAAAGCUGGGACGUCCAUCACCGCUGGACCACCUCUCUGCUGGAGGAGUUCUUCAGACAGGGGGACAAGGAGGCGGAGCUCGGCCUGCCGUUCUCGCCGCUCUGCGACAGGAAGUCCACCAUGGUGGCGCAGUCCCAGAUCGGAUUCAUAGACUUCAUCGUGGUGCCCACCUUCACCGUGUUGACGGACAUGAUGGAGCGCAUCGUGACUCCGCUCAUCGACGAGGCCUCUCACUCAGGCUUCGCCGGCUUCCGCCGCUCGAGUCUGAACAGUAUUAGCUCAGACGAAGCCAAGAGGCAGAACGUGAAGAGCACCGGCUCCGACAGCAGCUCGUCGGUCCAGAGCUCCCUGCUGACGGUGGACAUGAAGAACUUCAAGGCGUUGUGGAAUGAGGAGGUUUAUCAGAACAGAGAGAGGUGGAAAGCUCAGGCUGCCAAAGAGGCGGAGGAGCGAGCGAAAAGGGAGGCGGAGGAGCGAGCGCAGCAGCAGGAGACGGAGCCCCAGGAGGUCCAAACGCAAUCAGCGCCGCCCGACCCGAACCAGGACCAGGACCGAGCGGAGGAGGAGGCGCCCGACCCGGAGGUCAGACCCCCCGACGGCGACACGGGGGAGCGUGAGCAGGAGGCUCAGCCCGGGAGCAGCUCGCAGCAGAAUGCUCCGCUGCAGAACGGAGAGCUGUCUGAAGGGGCCGAGUCUCCGGAGGCCGAGGAAAGCAGGAACAGAGGCGUCAGCGAGGGAGCCAUGGAAUAGUGACCCGCGCCGCUUUGGAAGCCAAAGGAGAGAGAACUCACAGGAAACGCCAUCGGUUGGAGUGUGUCGCCCCCUGCAGGACGCGCGCAGACUUACGCCCACACUCACCACCCCCACCCCCACGCGCCCGUCACCCGUGGAGCCCGUGGCUUUGUGUGCAUCCACCCCCCCCCUGCUUCCAGAGCGCGAGCGUCGCUGGCGGGGAUGAACAGGAGCCUUGCACUGUCCCACUGACACGGAAGAUGCUGCUUUUGUUGUGUGUUUGCCGAUGGGACACGUAGCCGCCGCACAAGACCUGCUGAUCCACACUGACUCCCACAGUUCCCACUGAUCCCCACUGUGUCACACCAAUUCCCACUGUUAAACUGUCCCGCUCUCGUUUCUUAGAGUUCGGCUCCAUGAAGCCUGGUUAGAAGCCCAUUUAGAGACACGCAGACAUUUCCAGUUAUAGUGAUUUAUGUCCUCGCACAGAAGUGUUUCAUGGGGAAAUGUAGUAUCAGAGGGACUUUUACAACUGCUUCAAGUGGUGGUUGUAGACUUCCUUCAUCAACCCUUCUUCUGUGGCUCCUGUUGGGGCCUCGCCUGUUUUUGCCUCCAGCUGUGGUUCAUUCCACCCCUGGAAACGUUUUUCAGACCUCGUGCACUUCGGGUCCAUCUGUGUUCCUUUGCAGACUCUCAUUUAGUUUUACUUCACUGUAUAUAGUGAAAGAGGAGCGGCAGAAACGCUGGGCUUCUACGAGCCUCCAACACAUAUUUUUGGAUGUAAAAUGUAAACUAUUAUAGUUGAAGCGCUCAGAAAUUAGAAUGCAACGUUUGCAUUUCAAACAUAUCACACGUCCACAACGUGUUUAAUGUUUUGUAACGUGUUAAAUCUCCUUGUUUACCUUUUUUUCUACCAUUGGUUGUGCGUUCCAUGCGUCUGACACACUCGCAGCGCGGCGCUGACUCUUCUCGAUGCCUUCUUAUUCAGCUGUAGCAAACGCCAACGCCGUCGCCGGGUUCCGUCUGCUCGGUUCCGUCCGCUCGGUUCCGUCCUCUCGGUUCCGUCCGCUCGGUUCCGUCCUCUCGGUUCCGCUGCGGCGGCUCCACCUCCCACGCUGUCGGUGUCAUGUUUAGUCCAUGUGUUUACACUGUGCCCGUGACGCAUCCGAGGCCGUGAGUCCAAACUGUGUGUGCAUUUUAAUUGUUUGCCAGUUGUCUAUAGAAGAUGCAAAUAUUGCUUCCUGUGCAUAUGUAACAUAUUGAACUACUUAUUAUGUAUAAUUAGAAUGAACAAAAUAAGCAUUUUUGCAGUAUUUGCAUAAUUUUUCCUAAAACUGUGCACUUUCAUUUUGUCUUUUCCUUCAUGUUUUAUUGAGAUCCAGCUCGUGGUACUUUUAUUUUGAAGUAUUCUGUGCACUGCUACAUAGUCUUAUGUGUAUAUAUAGUCUUCAAAAAGGGUAAAUGGGAAGAAUUAUUGUUUUUUUACCUCUUUGAUUUGAUGCACGUUCUCCAUUUUUAUAUUCCAGGAACGUUAGCUUUGUGCUGGGAUCACACGCUUCUUUCUACCUAAAAUCCAGUCUGUGCUUGUGCUUAGUCAAGCCGCUGACUGAAUGUGUGCCUCUACAUGUACGUUACGUGUCUCAUGCUUCACGUUGUUGUGCUGACACAGAACCAGCUCAAAUCUUCCUCCCACUGUAAACUACAGGAGUCGUGUGACGCUGCAGACGCUUAGUGUUAGUAAAGGUUUGUUUGGCUCGCGUUCAUUUGGCUGUUUAACAUGUUCAUUCUGUUUUUUGCCUCAGAAUGGAUUAAUGUCAAAACCUACGUCUUCAUGUGCAUUGAUCCUUUUUUUCUCCUAUGUGUCAGUUUUAUUUUUUUCCACCUGCUGUGAAGUCAGAUGUGGUUGAGAUGUAACUAUAAUGUUAACGGUAACAAUCAAAGGAGACAGAAUUAAACCAAACUUACUGCAUCCAGAAUGUGGCCUGACCUGCAGUCGACCAACGCAUUUACAGUGUUGGUCUUUACUGUGUUUGGAUAUUUAGCAGGACUUCAAACUAACCAUAACCAGAAGCUGUGUCUGCAGCGCGUAACGACUUCUAAACACUGUUGACCUGAUUUAUUGUUUGAUUGUCUCAUGUUUAGUCUGAAUCACUCUGUAAAGACUGAACUUAACUGACUGAACUGUGUGUGUGUGUGUGUGUGUGUGUGUGUGUGUGUGUGUGUGUGUGUGUGUGUGUGUGUGUGUGUGUGUGUGUGUGUGUGUGUGUGUGUGUGUGUGUGUGUGUGUGUGUGUGUGUGUGUGUGUGUGCUGGAAAUCUUAAUGUGCAUUUCUGAUCUCCUCACUGUGACUUGCUAAACUGAUGUGUGCGUGUGUGCGCGUGCGUGUGUGUGUGGGUGUGUGUGUGUGUGUGUGUUCAGAGAGCAUAAAGCUAAAAAUGAUGCAGUGAUUUGUAGAAAUGUGGAUUUUUCACCACCAAAUUCCAAAACACACCUUUAGUUACGAGUGUUUUUACUCAAAGGUCAUGUUCUUCUCACUUUAUAUUUAACUGCUGUGCAUAAAACAGCUGGAAACACACAAUGAUAUAACAUUGGCUUUAGACUGAUGAGACCAUUAAAAACUGAGGUGGACAAAUUAGCUACCAACACUAAAGUUCUCUGAGACAGUAGGAUGUAGUGUGUGUGUGUUUGUGGGUGCGUGCGUGCGUGCGUGUUUCUGUGGGUGCGUGUGUGUGUGUGUGUGUCUGCGUGCGUGUGUGUGUGGGUGCGUACGUGUGUGCGUGUCUGUGGGUGCGUGUGCGUGCGUGCGUGCAUGCGUGCAUGUGUGUGUGUCUGUGCGUGUGUGUUACUAUCCCAUGCCGGCCAGGCGGCCGUGUGUGCCACCAUGCUCUGUGACUGCACAGUCGUAUCAAUAAAUCUGGACUCAAAGGGCUCAGA